UAGCUUAUUUCUGCGACACCAGAACACUUGCAGCUCUGCGUAUCUUCUAUCAAAAGUCAUAGCAUUGCCUUCCUGUGCUGCCUUUCGACCGACCCUCAACCACGUCAGUCCAGAGCCCGGGAAUUCUUGUUCCCAGAGCCCAAUCAGAUGUUCUCCUUCUUUUUGCGGGGAAGGUCGGGUAAGAAAGAUGAGCACCAUUACUGCAAAAUUUGUGAUAUACAGUGCAAGAAAAAACACCAUUUGGAGCAGCACAAUAUGGGGAAACAACAUUUAGCCAAAGUGAAGGCUGCCGAGGCGCUUAAGCCUACUGCAAAGAUGGCAGAACAGUCAGGGCCGAGAAUGACCGUGAUAGUCCUUGGAAAAGCCAGGAAAAGAUAUCAAAUAUCGCACGACGUGCUAUACGAUGCUUCUCCAUAUUUCCGGGAACUUUGCGACAAUAGCGCCGAGUCAGUCCAGGAUUUCAGCUUCCGGGUAGAGGAGGAAUGUGAACAAUUUGGGAUCUUCAUCUAUUGCCUUGAAAAUCAGGAUUUGAAUAUUCCCACUCCCAUAGGGGUGGUGCCAGCAUUGCUAGAGCUAUAUUUCGUCGCAGCCAAAUACCAAGUCAGCUUCUUGCAGGAUAGGAUCAUGGAUCACCUACUAAUUAUGAAGCGCUGUCCACAAGAAUGGAACAUCAAACGAUUGUACGAGAAUACGAAUACUACCUCGAAGCUCCGUUGGCUUUGUGCUUGUGAUACCACUUGUCUUCUUCGUUCCUCUGCGAAAGAGAUACCUGCUUCACAGGAUUCAAUUGAGUAUAAGUUACUGAGCGCAGCAAAAGAAUGUCCCGAGUUUGCAUUUGAUGUUUUCCGAGUUCAGCUAAUAUACAAUACCUGCAAUUGGCCCGGAACAUACAUGCAUGAUUUUCAUGCUUGCGAAUUUCAUUGCCAUGAGGCUAACAAGCCAUGCCUCCACAUUAAUUUUGACGGAUCACCCAGACUUCCUGGUAGUUUUGUCAAUGCACGAAAUUUUGAUGGAGCUUUCAGCGAUAGCUCAAAUGGAAGGGUCUUGAGGAAAAGACAACGCGAUCGAAAUGGCGCUGAGAGUAGCAUCGACAGAUUAGCUAGAAGAAAGGUCGAAGCGGUCAUUGUGAAAGACGAGCCCAACGUAUCGCAGGAAGAUGGGACAUAG